CGCUCACAUUUACGCGAAGGUUUGUGUCAAAAAAGCAACAUUACAUUGUUGCCAGACUUGCUGCUGUCUAGUAAUGCGCGAAUAGCCGCCCUCGUCCCUGUAUUGUGUGACCAGUGUUCCCACCAAUAUCAUUGUAGCAGCAAAACAAGACAGAUUGUAAAGCGCAGGGGUGGGAUCGUGUUGGUGAAUAUUCAGGUUGCUCGUUUGCCAAAAGGUGGUGUAGGUUGGUCGAACUGAAUGUGAAGAACGGAGGCAGAAAAGAGACACAAAUAUUGAGAGACCUUCUGCCAGAAACGAAACGAGAACUUACACAGUGGUAGUUGCUUCAAUCGAGCGAGAUCGAGAUCUCAGACUUAACAUACUUUCUAAAUAUAAUUGACUCUCGACGUGGGAAUCGAACGGACGGAUUAUUUUUGCGUUCCCGAAGUGAGUAAGAAGUGAAGUUUUUCAUUCCUCAAUUCCCCGGUGGCUGUGUAAAUUAACGGCGCAGGGUUGUCGUGAAGUGAAUCUGUGCUCAAUGUGAAGAUACAAGUGAAUCCAGUUGGAUAACGGAUAACGGAUGUUGACCAAGUGGUGAAAGUGGAUCGAUUCUUCACUUUUGGAAAGUUUUUCACCGAAAAGUAGGAAAAAGGGAAAAUUCUUCAAUUUUUCUUCCACUUUUGUGGGUGUGUUGGUGCAAACGCUCGUGUGAGUGCGGAAAAAUGCAUAAAUACAGGCGGUCAAGAUCUAUCUAGUGCUGCGUGGAUAUGGAUGUAUGGAGAUCUCCCGCUAUCAUGGUAGAUGUAUGUGUGCGUAUUUUUCGCAAAUGUCAAAUAUGACAACAGUGUUUUAGCUUGUUUUCCAUGUCCGCCAUUUUCUACCGUCGCGAUUGGAUGGUGAAAAUUACCAUCUAGUAAUCGGUGUUACUCGCAGUGAAUAAGUGGUAUUCACCGCCUAUGAAGCAAGCAACAAAUGUACGGUGAAGAAUAGAAGGAUAACGUUGUAUAGAAGUGAAUAAUAACCAAUCUCGUCUGGGAAGAAAUUUCUGUUACCGAGUUGAGAAGGGUUCUCGCUCUUGCGAAGCAGAGCUACAGGCGAAGAGAAGCGAAAGAGAGGCAAAGAGAGGUGUCAGUCUCGAAUACAAGUUGAUUAAUGUGCAACAGUGUUCGUGUGUUUCGACAUAUUUGCAAAUCUUAGUAUUGGUGCAUGAAAUGAAUCGAAGCAGGGAGCAGCAAAGCGCAAUCUUACCCACACAGUAAAUAACCGAAGUGGAGUGGCAGCAAAUAGCAGUGUAGAAAUUGUUUUUACCUCUCUAGUGAAAAUGUUAAGCAUAACACAACCAUGACGCACCAGAAUCACCAAACUAACGGCGCAAGUUUGGAAGAUUGCCAUACCAACUUUUUUGCCUUGACCGACCUGUGCGGUAUCAAAUGGCGUAAGUUGGUACAGGGUGAACGACCGAACGCGUCCAGCUACCCGCUGGACGAUCCGGUCCUGCGGUCCUACUCGAAAUGCCUCGAGGUGGACAUCCUGUGCGUGUGGCGGCGGGUGGCCGCCCCCAAGCCCGCCGAACAGGACCAGAAUGUGUUUGAAAUAAGCAUGCCCGGUCCGGUGACGGGCGGGUCGGUCAUCCAUCCGCCACUGUCACUGACGGCCGCCAAAGAGCUGUGGAUUUUCUGGUACGGCGAGGAGCCGGACCUAACCGAGCUGGUCGAUCCCGAGCUGCUCAAGUCUUCCG